AUGGAUACUGCCCAAGAUCCUCUCUUGAAGGAUGCUGGUGAGUUUCAAAGAUUAGUGCGAUGGUUAUUAUACUUAACAACGACUAGACCGGAUAUAUCAUUUGAUGUACAAACCUUGAGUCAAUAUAUGCAUUUUCCUAAUCAAUCUCACCUAGAUGCAGCCAGGAGAGUUGUCAGAUAUGUCAAAAGUGCACCAGGUCAAGGACUGUUGUUACCUUCAUCUGGUGAUGGCACUCUGAAGGCAUAUUGUGAUGCUGAUUGGGGAGCAUGCCUUCAAACUAGAAGGUUAGUUACUAAUUACUUAGUGUUAUAUGGCAAUGCUUUGAUUUCUUGGAAAUCAAAGAAGCAGGAAACAGUGGCAAGGAGUUCAGCUGAACCUAAGUUUAGAAGCAUGGCUUCAACUGCAACUGAAAUUUUCGGGCUCAUUCGUCUGUUUGGUGAGUUAGAUGUCAAGCUGCAAUUACAUGCUGCUCUAUUUUGUGACAGCAAAGCAGCAAUCCAGAUUGCAGCAAAUCCCAUCUUCCAUGAAUGCACAAAACACAUUGACAUUGAUUGUCAUUUCAUCAGAGAGAAGAUAAAGGCUGGUAUCAUCAAGACUAUACAUGUGAACACUAAGGAGCAGAUAGCAGAUGUACUAACUAAGGGACUUGGGCGAACACAACACCAUCAUUUGUUGUGCAAGCUUGGAGUGAAGAACAUUUUUCUACCCUCCAACUUGAGGGGGAGUAUUGAGCCGGGAUAA